UGUCACUCAGGUUGUCAGAGCCCACUCAAGGCACUGUAAGGGGUUAAGUUUCUUUAGAAAAUAUUUUGCAUUGUUGUUAUUAAUAUCUAGCCAAUAUGUAUCUCUCCUAACUUGUUAUGUUCCACAAUGCCCGUUUAUCCCCAUUAUACAUUUGUAUUAAUAUGCUGUGGGUAUUUCUGGAACCUUUCACCCCCAGCCAGUGUCUCUGUAUGGUUUGCACAGACUGUAGCAGUAUGAGUUACCAGGGCCUGCAGCCAUGUGCAGAGGUGGGAACAAACUUCAUACGCCCAGUAAUACUUCUUAGACUUUUGAAGUGGGAUCUAAAUGCAUCAUCCAUUUGUGUGUGUAGUAAAUGAGGAAUAUUCCUGUAGGCUUUUGUGCUAUAAAGACAACACCCUGGAAUAUUCUUUCCAUUUCUCUCCUCUUUCAACAUUCCUUGCUGUAGGGCUUGUGCCCCAGGCACCAAGCCUUGAAUAGAGCUCUCUCUCUCUCCCUCUAAUAAAAAAAAAAAAGAAUAAAAAAUUCCUUCUGUUUACCUUUUAUGGGUAAAAUAACAGCUUAAGCAAAGAGGCAACUUCAUGGAGAAACGAUUUCUUGAAAUCUUCUCAAGCUGCAGCGACAUAGCAAGUUUAAUCACCCCUAGAGAGCGAAACAACUGUGUGCACAAUGGGACACAGAGUCAUUUUGUGUGUAAAUGAGCGUGCUAUGGCUUCACUUUACAUGGGCAAAUAGCUUUUACAAGCAACAUUUGUGCAGCUACCUCCACAAAGACAGGGGGAAGAUAAUCUGGCUUUUCAUAGAACUCAAUGUUCUGGAGGAGGGAAAAACAAGACCCAGAAAAAAAAAACCCUAAACAUUAUUCGAAGACCUGGUUGUAUUGGUUUUGCCCCCAGCUAGUUCAGCCGUCACCCAAUUUGUGCUUAAGACCACCCUCCUUUUAAUACAAUUAAAGUAGCUGGUUCCUAAUGCAAUUGUGUUUAACCCACUCUGAGCCAAGGAGGUGGGGGCCCUUGACUCCCAGGGGCAAGUAAGGAAGCAUCUGUGUUUGGCUCCAUGACAUGGUUUAUGAAUAGGUGGGAGAUUCUUUUCAUCAGUCCUGGCAGAUAUCCCUGUUGUAUGAGCAUCAGAUAGGACAGUCCACUCAAAGGCACAACUACCUGCAGUUCUAGGUAGAAACAGUGAUCCUUGCAGCCAUCCCCUGAUUCUUUAUCCAAAGGGUCUACAAGAUGCAUGGAAUGCCCAAUUCCGCAUUGUCUUCUGGAAGAGGAAAAGAGGAAAGCAGCAUGUCCCGUCUGUCUCUCACCCGUUCCCCGGUCUCUCCCUUGGCUUCACAAGGAAUACCUCUCCCAGCACAGCUCACCAAAUCCAACGCACCUGUGCAUAUCGAUGUAGGGGGACACAUGUACACAAGCAGCCUGGCCACCCUAACCAAGUACCCCGACUCAAGAAUAAGUCGUCUGUUUAAUGGCACAGAACCCAUUGUACUGGACAGUUUAAAACAGCAUUACUUUAUCGACCGAGAUGGGGAAAUUUUCCGCUACAUCUUAAGUUUUCUACGAACUUCAAAAUUGCUCCUUCCUGAAGAUUUUAAGGAAUUUAAUCUACUAUAUGAAGAAGCAAAAUACUACCAACUCCAUCCUAUGGUGAAGGAACUUGAGAGGUGGAAGCAGGAUAAAGAACAUCGGAAGCAUUUCCAGCCAUGUGACUGUCUAGUGGUACGAGUUACUCCAGAUCUUGGAGAAAGGAUUGCACUCAGUGGAGAGAAAGCAUUGAUAGAGGAGAUCUUUCCUGAGACUGGAGAUGUCAUGUGCAAUUCUGUAAAUGCUGGUUGGAACCAAGACCCAACACAUGUUAUCAGAUUUCCACUCAAUGGCUACUGCAGGUUAAACUCUGUACAGGUCCUUGAAAGACUCUUUCAAAAAGGAUUUCAUGUUGCAGCUUCUUGUGGAGGUGGUGUUGACUCCUCACAGUUUAGCGAAUAUGUACUGUGCCGAGAAGAUAGAAGGGUGCAGCCGAACACAAUGAGGAUAAAACAGGAGCCUCUGGACUGAUGGUUCCUAAAAUGUCCUUGUCACCAUUAAAGUGUUCACUAGUCCUUGAUGUGAAGAACCUCAGGACCUAAAAACAGUAUUAUUAGACUUCAUAUGACUUUUUGUUGCCAGUUUGUGAUAUUUUUGAACGAUAUCUAUUCACAUAACCAAGUGAACAGCCGGUUCUCUCAACGGAUGAGGCCCUUAUCAAUGGCAAGUUCAUCUCAACAGCUGUGCUGUGAAUGACAACCUCGGUAACGUGGAUACGUUUACCCAUAUCGGAUUGUUGCACUACAACCAAGUGGCCAAUCAAAGAUGAACACAAAAGCAUUUAGCUGGUAUAGUCCAAUGAACCCGUCCCCAAUAAUGAAGAUAUUACAGGCACAUGGAAUGAGCUGCAUUGUCUUUUUAUAGAUUUUAUGUGUCAUGCAGAUUGCUUGUCGCAAUCAUCUGAUUAUUUGAACGUCUGUUCCCUUGAAAUGAGAAAAGGGAUUACUUUUAUAGCCUCUCAGAUGGAUAAUGUGGAUAUAUAGGACUAAGCAACAAUAAAAUGUUUGACUAAUGUAAAGCUGAACACCAGCCAGAAGCCAGCUCAGAGGCCCUUGUGGAAAUUUGGGGAGUCCUAAAAAAAUUUAGCAUUUUUUAUUUUUACAUGGAUUUCACUAAAAGAUAUAAUUGUCAUUUAUAAUUAUAAGAUUCUUUCAUUCUUGUUCUUCCAUGAACAUGUGAAAGCUUACACAGAAAUCAUGGGUGAUGAUUCUGUGUAAAAGCAGAGGCAGACCUGUUAUCAUAAACCAGAAUGUAACCAUUGUAUAAUCCUAUAGCCCUGUCCAAGUGGAAGGAAAUUAUUGAUAGGGUGGGAUAAUGCACUCAGGCAACAAUACAGGAUAUGAAUUUAUUAAUGUACGACCUUACUGAUGAAUAGGCUUUCUGAUCCCAAUGUAGUCACUAUCAAUGAAGCCCAAGGAGGACUAUCACAAAUCCCCUUUUUUAGUGCGUUCACAUUUUUAUAUCUGAUUUUCAAAGGUAAAAAUUUAGGAAGCGUAUACCUUUUACUCUGAAGGAAAAUUUUUAUAGUUGCACCCAGGUAACAUCCAUGAAAAAUCUAGGAAGUAGGAGGUUCAAAAUAAAGCACUCCAUAUUCAAAUAUACAUAUGUGCUGGAUUUCCCUUUCUUCAUGUUUUUUCUUAGUCAGGGGACAAAUCUUGUAACUUUUUGAAACUUUAAAGUCCAUAUUCCCUAGGAGUUGCAGCAGGCAUAUCAAAUGAAUGUUCUUUGUUUCCAGUUGGCUUAAAGGCAUCUCCAAGCAGGUGGAAAUAAACUAAGCGGGCAUGUAAUAAACUUUCAGAAAGCAUUUUUGAAUACUGAUGGUGUAAUUGCUACCACCAGACUAGUGUUAUUAAAGAUAUGCUGGGGUUCUGUCUUGGUGACAGAUGUCUUUAGAGGACUCCUUACCAAGCAACAUAUUACAUGUUAGGGUCUUUAUUUUCAGUUAAACAGGUGCAUUGAUUCACAUCUUUGUGUGACAUUCAUACCUGGCUCUCCUUUAAGUCUGACAGAUCACUUUUUAGUUUGGCAUAUGCUCUGAAAUCAAUUAGAAAGAAAAACACUAGGGAGCGGCUGCAGUUCACUUCCCAAAAAGAGGCACUCCGGAAAGAAUAUAUUGUAUGCAAUAGUGUAACUUACACUUUGUGAGUGGCCAGAAAGGACCACUCACAACUUGUUCUUGCGUAACAGUUAUACAGAAAAAUCUUCUCAGGUUGCCGCUACACUCCUUUCUGGUGAGGUUCACUCACCCGACAUAGAAAACUGGGAAAGAAAAACGAGGAGCGGACACACCUAAUCCUUCAAUGCCCUAAUGCACACACAUAUUGCCGGUGCACUUACUUCACCGAGGGGAGA